UUUCCACACAGCAAAAUCCUCAGUGUUGAAUUUACACCCUACAGUGUUUAUAGAAGUCCACUGGACACAAAUGAACCCUCUGGGUGUUAAUUCAACACCAGGGAUUUUACUGUGCACUAAUGUCAUAACCUGAGGCAUGGGGUUCUUAACAUAUUAACUUUUUUAAUUGCUGGAACUUUUUCCAGAAACUCCUUUCAGGAACCUUUUUCAGACAUGUUUUCAUCACAGGAACCCUGAUCGGACUGUAAAACCCUGAGGCAUGUUUCUACCACAUUAACCUUCAGUAACUCAGGAACCUUUUCAGGAACUUAGGGUACCAUUUCUAGAACUCUUGUCAGGAAGGUAAAAAUUUUAAGGCGUAAUUCUGUCACAUAAAGGACCUCAGGAACCUUUUCAUGAGUUUAGUAACUCGUGUCCAUUGCAGGAACCUUUGUAGGAACCCAGGAACCUUUUCUGAAACGUAGGGACUUAAAUAUUUCAAUUUGCAGGAACAUUUUCAAGAACUCAGAAAUCCUUUCAGAAACUUGGGAACCUUUUCAGGAACUUAAGGUACAUUUCCAUUGCAGGAACCUUUUAGGAACCUUUUUAGGCACGUUUUCCGGACGGAACUUAAAAAUUAAAAAUUGAGGCAUUUUUAUACUACAAUAAUCUUUUCAGAACUUUUAAGUGUGUUUCCACAGCAGGAACCAGGGUCGAAUUUAGUUCCUGGACUGUAGUUCUAGGAUCCUUUUUACUUCUUGCUACUUUUCUGUGGGGGCGGAGCUUGGCAAAAUGAAUGCUGCUGAUUGGUCAAAAUGAUCCUGCAGUGAAAAUUUGACUACGAACAAUGUUAUUAACGUUAACAUUCUUUUUCAACUAGUAUACAGUGUGAGGAAAUAUUGAUGCAUGUAUACACAACUACACAACAGGGACAGAGUAUUCACACACACACACACACACACACACACACACACACACACACACUGCCUCCACCUGAAUGUUCUGAAAUGUUUCCGAGAACAAUAUCGUGCCUGAUGUACGUGGUGAAGUGAGUGAUGAGGAACGGUAGAAGUGUACAUAAAAAGACUUUUUAAAUGAAAAUCCAUGUGUGUGUGUGUGUGUGUGUGUGUGUGUGUGUGGGUGAGUGAGUGAGUGAGUGAGUGAGAUGAUUGACACUGGCGUGUGCAGGUACCACAGGUGCUCUUUAAAACACACAGCGAUGAAAGAGUCACAUGACCCGCGCCGAUGCUCUGAGCCGUGAUGGCGAGGUGUUGAGAGGCUGCGGAGGAAAAGAGUGCACGAUAAUGAUGAUAAUAGCUGUGCAGGUGGUCUAAUUGCUGCUUUGGUAAAUGUCACACACACACACACACACACACACACACACACACACACCUGGAAUGUGUUUGAAGUGUACAGGAAAAUUACCUCUGCUGUGCAUAACACACAGACACACACACAGCUUUCAGAAAUAUUUUCUUUUAUUAUUUGCAUUUCAUUUCAUUUUCAGCUGUCUCAAGUGUGUGUGUGUGUGUGUGUGUGUGUGUGUGUGUGUGUGUGUGUGUGUACUCAUUCCAAGGCCUUUUGAUACUGUGGUGCUGAUCCCAGCAUGUCUGGGCAGAGAGGCAGAAAGAGUCUGAGUGUGUGUACAUGCUAAAACUUGGCAUGUCAGGACAGAGGCAGCAUAUUUUGGGUCGUUGUGGCGUGACACACACACACACACACACACACACACACACACACACACACACACACACACACUAACAUGGAUUUGGGAACUGUGCUCCUCUGAUUUCCUGUACCAAACCUUAUAGACUUUACAAACGUAAGAUCGGUGAUCAUUUCUAUCAUCUUCAUCAUCAUCAUCAUCAUCAUCAUCAUCAUCAUCACUGCAGACGAGAACAUGGAGCCUGGUGAUCACUGGAUCCCUGAUGAUGUCGCUCAAUGGCUUAAUCACAUUGGAAUCCACCAGCACCAGCCGUCUCUCAACAUGCUGUAUGGUGAGGUCGCUCAGGUGUUCUCAGGCUCCAUCAUGCACAGCAGCUCCGAUGACGCUGUCGUGGUUUCCGGGCCCGUUCUGCAACGCCUGAUGCAGGAAAACCUGCGCUACGGAAACGGAGUCGGUCCAGAGAACCAGGCCAUGGCGUCACCUAGCAACCCUGUCUCCGCGGAGACCCUGCUCCCAGAGACGCAGCCCCGACAGGAGCCUCAGGGUCAGGAGCACCAGGUGGACAGCAGCUCCAUGGAAAAGAGCGCUAAAGGAGCGAAAAACACAGCAGCGAGCGUCCAGGUGACUCUCGCCAUCCCCGGGCUCGGAGCGUUAGAGCUUCCCUCGUAUGAGGAGGCUAAAUCCCAGUCUCAGCUUUACAGAGGUCAGCAGGGUCAGAACGAAGAGCAGAACGUGGCCCGAACGCACACGCACGUUCAUAACACGCUUACAAAUCCGGUUCAGGCAUAUACAAGUGUACAGAACACUAACCAGGCUCUCAGCUAUCCCAAUCCAGGCCAGAACCAACAAACCCAGAUCGGUUUACAGCCAAACCAACACAUCCCCACCAGCACCAGCUCAUGUCCUCCAUCUCUCUCCUCCGCUCCCUCACUUUCCUCCUUCGCUCGCGCCGAAGGUCGUUCAUGGGUCCAGCGAGGGUUCACGGGAGUGGACGAAGGCUUAGCCGGGCUCGAACAGGGCCACGUCCGCUCCCUCAGCGAGCGCAUCAUGCAGCUCAGUUUGGAGCGAAACGGAGCCAAGCAGCCCAGAGAGACGUCUCCUAACGGCGAGGAACAAACGUCUAGUGCAACCGCCGCCCCUCCACCAGCUAAAGGUUCCAUAGAGCCUCGAGGUCCUCCUCCCGAAUAUCCUUACAAAGCCAAAGCUCAGCCAGCGUACCCGUCCAGUACAAGCCCCGGUCCACUAUCACUAGAACAAACCCCGCUCUCCAUCGAAGCUCCUCUGGGACAGAUCUCCAGUGUAAUGCCACCUGUCGUACCACAGACCGGCUCGGGCACACGUUUGCCCCCGCAGGGACAGAUCGUACCCGCUGAGGCGUUUUCCAUGAUGAGCCACGCUCAGCACAUGAUGACUUUCCUCAGCGAUGAAAACCAGAGACUCAGACUGGAGCUGCUGAUCCAGACCGAGAAAACCGGCAAACUGCAGCGGUUGGAGGCCGAAGUCCAACGUCUCUCAGACACAUAUGAGAAUCUGGUAAGAACCUCAUCCAAGCGCGAGACUCUGGACAAAACCAUGAGGAUGAAGCUGGAGGGUGAAAUCAGACGCCUGCACGACUUCAAUCGAGAUCUGAGAGAUCGUUUGGAAACAGCCAAUCGCAAACUGGCAAACCAGGACGCAGAAGGGCAGGAGGACGGCCAUGUUUACCUCUCAGAGAGAAGACAGAGUCUAAAGGAGAUGGAGAGGCUGGAGACGGAGGCGGAGUCUCUUCGUUCAGCCAAUGAGGAUCAGCGACGUCACAUCGAGAUUUUAGAACAGGCUCUGAACAACGCUCAGGGCAAAGUGGUCAGGAUGGAGGAGGAGCUGGGGAGGAAGUGUGUGUAUGUGGAGCGUGUGGAGCGUCUGCAGCAGGCUCUGGCUCAGCUUCAGGCUGCGUGUGAGAAACGAGAGCAGCUGGAGAAACGCCUGAGGACACGACUAGAGAGAGAGCUGGAGACACUGAGAUCGCAACAGCGUGCUGGUGUAGGUGUGUGUGAGUCCAGCGCCCCGGCUCUGCUGGACCUGCUGAGAGAGCGAGAGGAGAGGAUUCUGGGAUUGGAGGCAGACAGGAUGCGCUGGGAACAGAAAUAUUUAGAGGAGAGCGCAAUGAGGCAGUUCGCCAUGGAGGCAGCGGCUACGGCAGCCGCUCAGAGGGACACGACCAUUAUGCAGCAUUCUCGCAGUGGCAGCUACAGUGACGGUUGUCUGUGGCCUCAUGAUGGAGACGAUAAAACAUACAACCGUCGCUGUCAGGACAUAGAGACCAGGAUGAAGGAUCUCCACGCUCAGCUGUUGGAGAAAAUCGCAAUGAUUAAAGUGUUGCAGCACCGUUCCCGCCGAGACUCCGCCCCUCUGCGUCCCGCCCGUUCCGUCCCCUCCAUCGCCAUAGCGACGGGCGUGCACUCCCGCCAGGCCUCACAGGCUGAAAGUGCGCUGCUGGGAAAAGAGAACGCCGAACGCCUUCCUCAGUCACCGCCCUCCUUCUCGGCCUCACUAUCGUCCCUCGUUCCGUCUCUCUCCUCCUCCCUCCCUCCCUCCUUCACUCCUCUGUCCGUCUCCGCCCUCCCUCUCCCGUCCAUAAUGUCCUCCUCCUCCUCGUCUUCCUCGUUCCUCUUGUCCUCCUCAGCCACUCUUCCCCUCCCCUCCACACUCUCUCACUCCCUUCCUCCACUGCCCCCCACCGUCUCCUCCUCUCUUCCUUCCACUCCUCUUCUAUCACUCCAUUCUAAAUCAGCCAGCAGAGACAGCAGCACACAAACCAGGAGGAGUCCAGAGAGUGAGAGAGUCCAGAGAGCCACGCUCCCUACAGGCCGAGGGAGAACAGCCAGGAUGGACUACCCAAUCGCUCAGGUGAAGUGUCCCGAGAGCCGAGGCGUCCACACAACGGGGCAGAAGAUCAGACCUGCCGACUCGGACCUGGUGGAGAUUCUGAUCUAACACACAUCUACAGACAGAACGCAGUCUCACCACUGAAGGAGAGAGACAGACAGGCAGAGCGACUGACAGAAAGAGAGGCAGACAGGCAGAGAGAGGCGUCUAUCGGUUUAGCCCCGUGCACGCUGUGUGUAUAAAGCUCCUCGUUUAUCACUUUCCGUAAAAGUUGUGUGUAAAUAUUUGCGCAAGAGACGGAACUAAAAAUUUCCCACCAGGUUUAUAAACGUUUCAGAAACGCUGCUUUCCUUCGUAGUCGUGUGCGUAUGUUGAUCAUCGGUAGAGUGUCAAGCGCGUUCCUCACGCAGCUCGUUUGCAUAUAGUGACGCCCACAAAACUCCAUAAAAGGUAAAGUGCACAGAGAGCUGGGAGCAGGAAGUGAGCGAUCAGGGUAAAGACUGAAGAACAGAAGUAAGAGGUUAUUUUGACUCACUUCUCUACCAAUAUAAAUAUUUAAUAAUAUAUAUAAUAAUGAGUGAGCGCUAAAUCUCCAUCAUCUCUCGUCACACACACUCAGGAGCUCGAUUAGGAUGCGAAGGUUUUUUCAGAAUAAUAAUAGUUCAGAUAUUAAUAAUAUGAGUAAUAUCCAGCCCAAUGAGUGGAUUUAGUAUUGAGUUUCUGGACCGAAGGUUUUUUAGGUAAGGAUUUGAGAGCGUGUGGCGCAGCCGUGUCUGGGUCACGCUGACAGACUGAACGGAAGGGUUGCUAAUGACAGGGAAGAGAAGGGAAGUUGAGACGGAGAACAGGUCGAAGAGGUGAGCGAGUUUAACGCAGGAUAUGAAAGUGUGUGAACCUGAAGAGGGUAAAAGUUCAAGUGUGUGAGUCGCGGAGCUUCUCUCUGGCUCAUGAUGCGUCUGUUUCAGACACUCCAGCUUUUCUGUAGCUCUUCUACACGUUUACCUGAAAAAAGACUGUUCUGUUAUUUUACUGAGAUGAAGUUCUGUUCCUGUUCUGUAAGACAUGAUGAAAAGGUUUGAGGUGAUUAUCAUGAUAUGGAAAUGUAAUGUCUCAUACUGAAGCUCUGAGAUGGUUCUGUGGUUCCUCCUCUGUUCUCCGGCUAACGAUAAAACAGUGCCUUAAUGCAACAGCACUUAGACACUUAGACACACACACACACACACACACACACACACACACACACAGUUUUCUUUAUUCAUCUCGCCUACACUCUCACACUCCUCACCUCCAUCUGUGUGUUACUGCCACCUUCUGGCCACAUUAUAACAAUAACAAUAACAAUAAUAAUAAUAAUAAUAAUAAUAAUAAUAAUAAUAAUAAUAAUAAUUAGAUUCAUUAAUAAAAAUGUAUUAAGGCCAAAAUAAAUUAACAUAACAAAUGAACAUAAUAUAUUUUGGGGAUUUAUAUUUUUAAUAUAAUAAGUGACAUUUAUUUAACUGUAUAUAUACAUACUUUAUUUACCAUAAAACAUCUUAAUAUAAAACAAAUUUGAGCUAAAUGAGUAAAAUGUUACAUUGUAAAUGUUUAAUUGGUUUAAUUACAUUUGUACAUUUAGAUUAGAGUGGUGUAUAUUCGUGUUUUAUUCGAUUACUCGGUUUUAUUACUUUAUUUAAAUUAACGUUUCAUUGUGGCCAAUUUAUUAUUUUUUAUUAUUAUGUAUGAACAUUUAGUUUUGUGAUCAAAAUAUAUGAAAAUUCUACAUGUAAUUAAAAUGUAGGUUUGAAGUUUUGGGUAAUUUUCAGCGUAAUAGAACACGAUUUAUAAUAAACAAACGCAGCUUUAA